AUGAAAGCGAUGUGGAUAUUGCAUGAUGUUCAUUACAUGUCAACUCCAUUACAUCCAUCAUUUAAACGAUUUCAAAUUGUUCCUCAUGAGCAACAAAAAGCAAUUGAUCUCAGCAAAUCAGAAAUUUUGAAGCGUCAAUCUGAAUUAGGUGUUGGUCGUAAUGGUAAUUCAUCAUCAUCAAAUAAUAAUACUACUGCUUCUUCCUCUUCUUCUUCUUCAACGAAUUCAAAAUCUGAGCAAUCAACAAACACGCAAAAUAUUCUUUCAGAAUGUUUUGAUCUUCCGGUUGCAGAUCAAGAUUCAGAAGCUGAUUUACCAUAUGAUCACGAAUUAACAAGUUAUUUAGCUUUAAAUGAAGCAAUUGGCCCAAAAGAUGACGUCUUAUUGUUCUGGAAGAAAUAUGAAAAGUUAUUUUCGAUUCUUGCUUCGAUCGUAAAAUCUUUAUACACCAUUCCAGCUACCAAUACAACUGUGGAACGCCUUUUUUCUCAAGCAAAUAACACACUUUCUGCGCGAAGAACAAAUCUACAAACUUCUAAAGUAAACAAAUCGUUGUUUUUAAAUAAGAAUCUGUUACAGCUGAAAGAACUCAAUCAACAAGAAUUAAUCCAAAUUCAUGAGAAACGAAAAUUAACACACUUGUCAACAUCAAAUAAUGUCGACAUAAACUAUGAAACAGAACAAGGAGAAUCUUUUUCCUCAUUAAAUACUAAAAAGUCUCGAAUUAUUGAAGAAGAUGAGCCCGACGAUUAUGAAUUCAUUCAUACACAUAACCCGUGA